AGUUAGUGUAACUGGUUGACUGGUGUCCACUGAGUCAUUGAGUCUGCGUAGAAGGCGAGUUACAUUGCAGCGUAGAACUUGAGCGCCGCCGAGUUAUCUGUCCUCUGUUGCAGGAAAAAUGUCUGUAGCUCACAACUUGAGCGCUUCAAUCUCUUCCUCUUCUUCUGCUUUCUUAGUGCCCACCGAUUUCAACUCCACAACUUUCAGGCCUCGAAAUGUUCCUGUUCCUGCAAAAUCCUUCCGCAUCUGCAAAUGUGUCGCUGCUCCCCAAGAGCAGAAGACAGCUUACAAGACAAAGGUCUCGCGGAAUGAGAAUAUGGCGAAACUUCAAGCGGGUUAUCUUUUUCCAGAGGUUGCUAGAAGAAGGGCUGCACACUUGCAGAAGUAUCCUGAUGCAAAAGUGAUAAGCCUUGGGAUUGGUGACACUACUGAGCCUAUUCCUGAAGUCAUAACCUCUGCCAUGGCAAACAGAUCACAUGCCUUGUCCACCCUAGAAGGUUACAGUGGUUAUGGAGCUGAACAAGGUGAAAAGGCACUAAGAGCUGCAAUUGCUUCAACUUUUUAUAAGAACUUUGGCAUAGAGGAUGAUGACAUAUUUGUCUCCGAUGGUGCGAAAUGUGACAUAUCACGCCUUCAGGUUAUGUUUGGGUCUAAUGUUACAAUGGCAGUGCAAGACCCAUCCUAUCCAGCUUAUGUAGACUCAAGUGUUAUACUGGGCCAGACUGGACUGUUUCAGAAGGAUGUGGAAAAGUAUGGAAAGAUUGAGUAUAUGAGGUGCACCCCUGAGAAUGGUUUUUUCCCUCAUCUAUCUACUGUUCAGCGAACAGACAUCAUAUUUUUUUGUUCACCAAACAACCCUACUGGUGCUGCUGCAACAAGGGAGCAGCUGACCCAACUCGUACAGUUUGCCAAGGACAAUGGGACAAUUAUAGUCUAUGAUUCUGCCUAUGCCCUGUAUAUGUCAGAUGACAACCCACGGUCCAUUUUUGAAAUUCCUGGUGCCAAAGAGGUUGCAAUAGAGACAUCUUCGUUCAGUAAGUAUGCUGGGUUCACUGGAGUACGUUUAGGAUGGACUGUUGUUCCAAAGCAGCUGCUCUUUGCUGAUGGAUUUCCUGUUGCCAAGGACUUCAACCGCAUUGUUAGCACUUGCUUCAAUGGUGCAUCUAAUAUUGCCCAAGCUGGUGCUCUUGCUUGCCUUUCACCAGAUGGUCUUAAGGCUGUGUAUGAAGUGAUUGGCUUCUACAAAGAAAAUACUAAAAUAAUUGUGGACACAUUUAAUUCACUUGGAUUUAAGGUUUACGGAGGGAAGAAUGGACCAUAUGUGUGGGUCCAUUUCCCUGGCCGAAGCUCAUGGGAGGUAUUCAGUGAGAUUCUUGAGAAGACUCAUGUGGUUACCACACCCGGGAGUGGUUUUGGACCUGGCGGUGAGGGUUUUGUCAGGGUUAGUGCCUUUGGUCACAGGGAAAAUAUUUUGGAGGCUUGCAGAAGAUUCAGGGAACUAUAUAGGUGAAGCACAUUACUCGACUGGCCCCUCCUAUCUGAGAAGCCCUUUUGCUUUGGUUUGCUUUGUUUCUCUGCUCUUGUAAACUUGGCAGUUUAUCAUUGGAUUUUUUUGGAUUGAAUAAUUGAUAAAUGCAAAUCGUUAGUAGCUGAAGGAGAAUUUUGUUUAGACAACUGUAAUAUUAGACUUCUGCUGUAAUGUCAUCUUAAUAUUUUUUAGGAAAAUUUGCAAAUUAGACA